CUGAUGUUUCCCCUCCACGUCUGCCUACACGUCAGAUCCGCCACCAGGCGAAGAUGAGUUACAACGCUUACGAGACGUCGUACACGUCAUACGGCGCCGGCGGCGGUGCUGGCGGCGGUGGCUUUAUACCGGGAGAUGGCAGCCAACAGAGUCCCGGCGGGCGCGACAAGCAGCAACAAGACUCCCUCCGUCCUGUCACCAUCAAGCAGAUACUCGAUGCUCAGCCCGAUGCUGGCAAUGAUACCUUCAGAAUUGACGGGAAUCCUGUUUCGCAACUAACCUUCGUUGGACAAAUCCGCAACAUAUCGACGCAGACGACCAACACGACGUACAGACUCGACGAUGGCACCGGCAGUAUCGAGGUCAAGCAAUGGAUCGACUCGGAUACCGUUGAUCAGAAUGAUCCUGUCAAAGCUAAGCUCGUAGAGGGCUCGUACUGCCGGGCAUGGGGAAAGCUGAAGAGCUUCAACGACAGGAGAUCGGUCGGUGCACAGAUCAUCCGCCCCGUGGAAGACAUGAACGAAGUGUCGUACCAUCUGCUCGAAGCCACCUACAUCCAUUUGCAACUUACACGAGGACCACCCGGAGGAGUCAACACUGGCGCCGGCGCUGCUAACGCGAACAGCGGUGCCGCGCAACAAGAUGGUGGUGCGUACGGAAGCCACGAUCUGGCUGGCUACAAUGCUGUCGCCAAGAAGGUGUUCCAGUUCCUACGAACUACUCCUCAGGGCAACGAGGGGAUAAACCAAAACGAGAUUGCGGCUGGUCUUGGCUUGGAGUCUGUUGACGUGUUGAGGGCCGGAGACGAUCUCCUGUCGGGCGGUCUAAUCUACACGACCGUGGACGACCACACUUGGGCAGUGCUCGAGGCUGAUUAAUGAGCAUCAGGGAGCACAGAGGUAUGGAGUGACGAACAGGGCUUCUUGAUAAAAUGGAGCUCGGAGGGCAACACAAAACCACAACGAUGACAUUGUGUGAAGGAUGAGCAAAAAGCUCGGAGUCUUUCCGAAGUCUAUGAACAAGUCGGGCGUAUCUACCGAUUUUGCGCAUUCGUAGACAAUAACAACACGCAAGUGGCUACAAUCGCUGCUGCGACCACUGUAAACACAGUCUGUGUUUUCCAGCCUGUCUGAACGAGUGCUUGACGAUGGCUGUAGCCUGUGACUGUAGCAAUGUAGUUGGCUACUCCAGACAGCAAACAUGCCAACGACAACAGCCAAAAGACAAUGCCUAGCGGAAGUGACCACUUUCUCUC